CGGCUCGGCGCGGCCCCGCGAGCACCGCCCUGGCUGGGCCGCCCGGUGCGGUGCGGUGCGGGCCGCCGGGCGCCGCCGUGCAGGGUAGGGUUUGCCAAAUCUCAGUCACGGUCUGCGUCUGAGUGGUAUAGGACCAGAGUGGAGCCAGGAGCAGACCUUGCCUGUGGUGGACCUGCUGUGCUCAUACCAUCUUAUGGUGGUACCAGUGGCUUGGUCUGUGCCCACACAAGGUGAUGGACAGCAGAGCAGAGAUGGAGGUUGUGAGAAGCACAAAAGGGAAUGCUGCUGGGGAGGUCAGUGUCCAUGUGGUCACCACUGAGAGCACUGUGCAGAGCACUCACCUGCCAACGACUGCCUUCAUCAUACCAGCAAACGCCACUACCAUCAACCUUCCUGCAAGCACCUUAGAAAUCCAGCGAUUCCCGAGGGAGCCACAGAGAAGCACAGGGGCUGAGAGGCCAGAGAGGGGAGCAGGGAGUGAACCUGUCACAGCUACUGUCAUCCCCCAGAUCAGUGGGGUGCAGACCUGCAACACAGUCCGUGUGCUGGAGUGGAAGGAUGGGGUGGCUACUUUGCCUGGAAGUAACCUGCGGUUUCGAAUAAAUGAGUAUGGGACACUGAAGGUGGUGAGUGCUGAUAAGAUGCCUCCAUCGGAAGCUAUAAAGGAGGGCCACGCAGAGAAAGAUGGGGACUCAGAGGUGGCACCAACUAGCAGGGACAAUCCUACUCCUGCUCAGGAUGUGUCAGAACAGCCCAAGCUGCCAACACCAGAAAGCAUGUGCCACUGUGACACAUGUGGCCGGAGACAUGUGUCAGAUGGAGCCCGGGAAGGCAGGGGCUUCUGCAGCGAGCACUGUCACCAGCAGUUCAAAGAAAGGUCUGUCAUUGUGGAAAACUCUGCCAGCAGCACCAACACCACUGAAAUCCUCAAGCCUGUUAAGAAAAGAAAGAGGAAGGACUACCAGAGCCCUUCAGAGGAAGAAUAUGAAUCUGAGCAAAUGGAGGAAAAGCAGGAAGAGAGGAAGAACUCUGUGGGAGACUCUGCCAUCAGCAAUCUGGAGGCUGACACAUGGAAUGGGAGCCAGCACGGUGCCAGCGAGGAGAAGAAAGAAGGCUGGUCUUGGGCGUCGUACCUGGAGGAGCAGAAAGCUGUCGCUGCCCCUUUAGAUCUCUUCCAGGAUUACCAAGUAGCUUCCCAGCACAAGAAUGGCUUUAAAGUGGGGAUGAAGCUGGAGGGAAUCGACCCACAACACCCAUCCAUGUACUUUAUCCUGACAGUGGCUGAGGUGUGUGGUUACCGGAUGCGCCUCCACUUUGAUGGCUACUCUGAGUGUCAUGAUUUCUGGCUGAAUGCUGACUCCCCUGACAUCCACCCUGCGGGCUGGUUUGAGGAGACAGGACAUAAACUCCAGCCUCCAAAAGGGGUUUUAGGUUAUAAGGAGGAAGAAUUCAGCUGGACAAACUACCUGAAGAUAACAAAGGCUCAAGCAGCUCCUAAGCAACUCUUCGUGAUCCGAAAUACUCACGAGGCUCCUCCAGGCUUUGAGGUGGGCAUGAAGCUUGAGGCUGUGGACCGCAUGAACCCUUCCCUGAUCUGUGUUGCCACAGUGACUGACGUGGUGGACAAUCGCUUUUUGGUGCACUUUGACAACUGGGAUGAUACUUAUGACUACUGGUGUGACCCCAGCAGUCCAUACAUCCACCCGGUCGGAUGGUGUCAGGAGCAUGGCAAACCCCUCACACCUCCUCAAGAUUAUCCUGACCCUGACAACUUCAUCUGGGAAAAGUACUUAAAAGAAACUGGAGCAUCUGCUGUUCCAGCUUGGGCCUUUAAAGUGCGCCCACCCCAUGGCUUCCUGGUCAACAUGAAGCUGGAGGCAGUGGACAGAAGAACUCCUUCCUUUAUCCGAGUGGCUAGUGUGGAGGAUGUGGAAGAUCAUAGGAUAAAGAUCCAUUUUGACGGCUGGAGCCAUGUGUAUGAUUUCUGGAUUGAUGCAGAUCAUCCGGACAUCCACCCCAUAGGCUGGUGCUCAAAAACUGGGCACCCACUGCAGCCUCCUCUUAGGCCAAAGGAACCAGCCUCCUCUUCCCAUGGGGGCUGCCCAACCCUGGGCUGCAAGAACAUGCCUCACACCAAGAGCUCCAAAUACAGCUUUCACCACAGGAAGUGCCCCACACCAGGCUGUGAUGGGUCAGGACAUGUGACUGGGAGAUUCACAGCCCACUACUGCCUCUCAGGGUGCCCGCUGGCAGAGAAGAACCAGGGCAGACUCAAGGCAGACUUGUCCGACACUGAGGCCUCAGCUCGCAAGAGGAACCUGAUGGGCUUCCCUCAGCGGAAGAAAUCCCGGCACCACGGGAGAGGGCGACCUCCAAAGUACCGGAAGAUCCAGCAGGAAGACUUCCAAACUAUUUCUUCAGACAAUAUGCACCAGUCGCUCUUCAUGUCUGCCCUGUCUGCCCAUCCUGACCGCUCUCUGUCACUCUGCUGGGAACAGCAUUGCAAACUCCUGCCAGGGGUGGCUGGCAUCACAGCAACCACAGUGGCCAAGUGGACCAUCGAUGAGGUUUUUAGCUUUGUUCAGACUCUGACGGGUUGCGAGGACCAAGCCAAACUCUUCAAGGAUGAGAUGAUUGAUGGUGAAGCAUUCCUCUUGCUGACUCAGGCUGACAUCGUCAAGAUUAUGAGUGUUAAGCUGGGCCCAGCACUCAAGAUCUACAAUGCCAUCCUCAUGUUCAAGAACGCUGAUGACACCUUAAAGUGACUUUUCUUGGCCCCGUUGGGACCGUCCUUCAGCACUGGUGCUGCCAAACUGUCUGGCCAGGACAGAGAUUCCCCCGACCGCCCGCAGCUUGUCGUGUCCUGCAGCAUCUCUGCUCUCCCACCAGUCCAUCUCCUGUCCUCUCCCUCACUCUCUCACCACGCUGCCUCUCUGCUCCAGCGCUGGGUACAGGCUGACCACGAGCCUUGGGGGUGGCUACACAGGCAGCAGGUGGAUGUGGGACUAGCCUGCCUCAGUGCGAAAGCUGCCCCGAUGUCCUGCUAUGACUGCACCUAUUCGGGUGUGUUCAGGGAUGGCGGAGCAGUGCAGAGGUUGUAGCAGCUGGGCACUGGCACCACAGCUUAAGCCACCAAGAUAAGGGUACAUACUCACAGGCUGGUCUUGCCUUUGCUCAGCAGCUGAGAGAGAUUUUUUUUUUUUUUCUCAGUGUGUUCCUCUCAGAGGGCUUGGAUGCUCCCAAGGAGCUUUUGCUCACUUUGCCUUUUCCUAUCUGAAAUCUUGUGACUCGAGACCUUCACCGCACUGGGAACCAGCGGCCCAUCUUUCCCCCACUGGGAGCAGUGUUUCCUGGCUGCAGCUCUGCCCAUGACCAGCAUCUCUGUUUUAUUCCUCUUUACUGUAAUGCAGCAAAUCCAUGGGGUCAGAGCUGGGUGGGUGCAGAACAAGCUGCAUUUCCACUUGCACUUCAGGCUGUCUUCGACAACAUGUCUCUGGGAGAAACAAUGCUUCGUUAGUUUGUUCCCUCCUGCAGCAAUUAAAAAAUCUUCUGUGAAGGAGAGUCAGGUCUGCUUUGGCCCACUUGGGGCCUUGGCGAACCUGAUCUCGUGGGUGGCAGCCCUGCCUAUGGCAGGGAGUAUGGAGUUAGAUGAUCUUUAAAAGUCCCUUCCAACCCAAGCCAUUCUGUGAUUCUGUGAUUAGGAGCAAGGCUCUUUCUAGAGUUGAGACCGCUGCCAAGGGCAAAAACUAUCUGUAGGCAGAAUCAGGGCUUGGUUCAUAAAGCAUUCCUGACUUGACUGACUUGAUCCUGUCAAGCUGCCUUCUCCCCCUUUUUUGCCCUUGAGAGGCCCCCAGACUUUCCUGUGUGAAGAGCAGGAUCCUCUGCUGUCUUCUAGAUUCCUUCCCUUCAAACCAAAAGAAAGCCAGCAGCUAACUGUUUUUCCUUCCUUCCUUCCUUCCUUCCUUCCUUCCUUCCUUCCUUCCUUCCUUCCUUCCUUCCUUCCUUCCUUCCUUCCUUCCUUCCUUCCUUCUUCCUGUCCUUUUAGUAACAUGCCACCUUUCCAACAAGGGUGCAAGCACUUUGGAAAUGCCCACGUAACUCUCCCUUGCAAUGGAGGAGGUUCCUGGCGCAGUCAGAUAUUCCGUGUGUUCCCAGGUACCAGGGAUGAGCCCUGUAGCACCCACACUGCACUUGCUGUACUUUGUCAUCCUGCGGGUGCUGCUGGAGCAGUGGUAUGGCAGUGCAGUGCUGGAGGGCAGCCACCCAACCCAAGGGCUCUCCAUAGUGUGCAGUGACGUUAUCCAAGUCCCACAUCCACUUUCUUUCUCGUUCCCAAGAAUGACAUGCCAGAGCAAAACAUUUUUUUCCCCUUUUCCAGUGUCCAAAGACAGAGAUUAAGGGUCUUGGUAAGUGCCCUAGCAAUGUCUUUUGGAGCAGAACUGCCUUGGAAGCCACUGUUACACUUGGGUCAAUCUGUUCUAGGAUUCCCAUGGAAAUGUAGCAUUUUGACUCUUUGUUACUGAAUAUUUGGGGUCACAUUUGACCUGCUCUUGAAAUGUCUGCUGCUUGCUCUUUAUGCAGGACUUGAAACUAGUCCGUGUAUUUAUUUUGUCAAUGCUUGGGUUUGAGUGAGCUCUCCCUCUCCUUUCCCUUUUCACUUUCUUUCACCUUUUCAAGCACUGUGGUGUGGCCAGCUGUGGAGAGAGGGUGAGUAGGAAAGAAAAACUGGGUCCCACAGUUACUCCUAGUCACCUUUGAUUCAUGGUAAAUGGUCCUGAAGGUGGUCUCUUUAGCUAAUGGGGAGUGUCUUCCUGGGCCACUGCGUGCUAGGGGAGAGGAGGAGCAGGCCUAGGACCUUCAGCUGUGGGACUCUUCAUGCAAGCCCCGCUGAGACAUCUUCAGGUGUGAUCUGGAAUGGUUCCUGCUUGGCUCUUGUUACCCUUGCAUAGGGUGUGGUUAUUGGGCUCAUAAGGAAACAACUUAUGAACAUCCUGUUCUCGUCUACUCCCUUCCCUUAUGCAAAGCCAUUCUUCCUGCUGGAGAAGGGACUAAGCAGUGUCACUGGGUGCUAGGCGAGGAGUGUCAGAUUAGGAACCCGUGUGAGUGAUGGAGUGCCUUGUUUCUCACGGGGCUGCCCUGGGAAGCAGAGGUAGUGGUGAGUUCAGAAGAUCCCUGCUGAAGGGCAAGAGGAGCCAUAAAGCUUUCAAGACCAGGCACAGCCAAUGCCAUCAGCUCUUGCUCUGUUGCAUGUGGUUGAGCCAUGCUCUGCCUGGGCAGCAGGCAAACAGGCAGAGGUGUGUGCUCUGUACUGUGCCAGCCUUCAGCAUCAGCAGGAAGCUAUGCCAAUGGCAUAAUGCCACACCUGGGCUCUUCUGACCUCCCUCUAAGCAAGCAGCCCCAAACCGGACAGGACUGCAGAGGUGCUUUCCCUUGGCUGUGAGGUCUGGCUGCAGAGCUGGAUCCCAGCCUCUGCAGGAUCUGAGCUCUGCCCAGGGAGCAGCUGUGAGGAAAACCAGCCCUGCUUGAAAGGGGAGGGUCUCUGCUGCACACACUUGUCUGCUGCUUGAACACCAGUUCUUCAGACUCUUAGGCUGUCUCUCAGCCCUUUGGGUACAAAUCUUCUGGGUUGUUUUAGGUGAAGGAGUUAUAGGGUUUGUAGAUGGUAAAGGGCUAUUUGCUGUUAAAUCUUAUAAGGCUUUUUGUUUCCUUUAAAAAGGAAACCAAACCCAAAGUAUUGUGUGUACAUGUGGAUGGGUGUUUGUGGGUACCAGUGUGGAAAAAAAAAAAAAAAAAAAUCACAAUAUCAUGUCCUCCACUGUUGGUGUGAUGCUGUUUUAUUGUGAUGGUCUCUGAAGCCAUGGAGGUGGCAGACCCCAGCCCAGGGUCUCAGGCAACACAUUCUCCAUGAGCAGAAGUUGUCUCUGGUCCCAAGAAGGAAGCCAGGAGAAGGAAGGUUCACUUGCACCCCUGGCCUUGGCAAGUCCUCUGUCUUCAGAGAGCAUUGACCAAGAGGCCCUCUUCAGGGAGCAUCAAGGGCAGCUGUGACCAAGGCAGAAGGACCAAAGUUUCCUUUCCUUUUCGCCCAAUGAGACUCCUUGCAGGAACAUCCACUGCCGUGUCACCGAGAAGCUGGAGUCAACACGGGGACUGAAUUGGGCCCACAGGUCUGGGGCCUUCCUGAGAGCUGUGACGACAGCGAAAGCUUCUAAGUCAAUGAAGGGUUUUUGAAGUCAAAUGUAUUUGUGAGUAGAGGCUCCCCACGCCUGUGCUCCCUGUUUGUUGUUCCUGUUCCUGCUGGAGCCAUGUGGGAUGUCCCACCAAACACUGGCUUCGGGCACAAGGCAUCUUCUGGGGUGGCAGUUCCACAGGUGGCUCUGGGUGCGUGGGGACUGUUGGAGUCUCUUGAGAAGGGAUUUUUCCUUGUGGAAACACGCAGCGUGAUGGUGCGAGGCUGAGGUCUCCAUUUCUGAAAGCAGCCAGCCUGAAGCUCAGCAAGGAGAGUGACAGUUUUCUGUCUUGCCAGAGACCAAGUUUGUCUGGGUGUGUUUAUGGCUUAGGGCAGGUGCCUCCUGCAGAGGCAGUCAGGGGACUUGAGUGCAAUGAAAGGAGUUGGAGAAGAGGAGGGAGCCUUGAGAGAAACACAACUUGGAUGCUUCUGCUCUUCUGUUCCUCAGUCCUUAACCUCUUUGGGGUAACCCCUUGGUGCACAGGAGAGGGAAAUAGCCGACCGCUGCAGCACAGCUCUGUCCCUCCAAUCCACCCCUUCCUUCUUGGGAGGAGAAAAAGAGGGGUAUGUUUUGGAAAGAUUAUGAUAAAGCCUUUUUGCACUUUCAUUCAUUUUGCACUCGUUUUUAUUUUUAUUUUUAUUUUUAUUUUUCAGCGUUUUUGAUAUUUGCACCUCCCCUUUUUGUGUUUUCAUAACAAAAAUACUUUUGUUGUAGCCAGUGAAGCUAUCCCAAACUUUGUGUCCUGAGUAUACAGAAAUUUAAAGGUCUUAUAUAUAUAAAUUUAUAACUGUAUAAAAAUAAAUUUAUAUAUAUAGAUCACGAUGUGAUGUGUUUUGUCAGUGUUUUAAAAUAAUAAAUGAAUGUGAGCAA